AUAUAGAGAAAAUAUGCUUCUGCUCUAUAACGCCAUUCAAAUAUAUAUUUCAGUACAACUUACAUUUGUUUUUAAGAUAUAUCAUCAGAGCAAGUAUUACCUUAAUUGGAAACAAAGCUAUCUUCAAAAUUAGAAGCUCGCUGAGAACAGAUCCAUGUGUCCUAGAAGUCAUCUCGACAAUUUGGAGGAAAACUGAUGUCUUGUAAGUAGUUUACUUCUUCACCAAACCCUUCAACUUUGUUCAUGUUGUGUGUUUAAUUUAAGAAACCUUCCAUUUGAGGAAACCAUAGAGUAGUAGAAAAAACGAACAAAAACUCAGAACCAUCAACCAUGUUGACUCCUCAUAUGUUGAUAUUUAUGUUCUGUAGUGAUACUUAACUUUGUUCAUUCUGUUGUUUACUUCUUCACCAAACCCUUAAAAACCUUCCAUAUUAGGAAACCUUAUUCUCAAACACAUUUUCAACCAUCAUGACUCCUCAUAUGUUGUUAUGUUACCUUACAACAUUGUUUCACUUGAUUUUCAUCACAUUAGCUCAAACUGAUAACUAUAUCAUUUUCAUGAACAUAUCAGUCAUGCCUAAACCAUUCUUAACACAACACACAUGGUACAUUUCCACUCUUUCCUCUGCUUUAGAGAACCCUCAACUCAUUUCUUCCAAGUUAAUUUACACCUACACACAUGUCAUCAAUGGUUUCAGUGUUAACCUUUCUCCAAAAGAACAUCAAGCUUUGACAAAUUCACCCGGAUACAUUUCAUCCGUAAAAGAUUUACAGAUGAAACUAGACACUACAUAUUCCCCUCAAUUCCUUGGUCUCAAUCCCAAAGUAGGUGCUUGGCCUGAUUCAGAAUUUGGUAAAGGUAUAGUUAUUGGUUUGGUUGACACCGGAAUUUGGCCAGAGAGUAAAAGCUUCAGAGAUAACAAAAUGUCCAAUAUUCCUUCAAAAUGGAAAGGACACUGUGAAGAUAGCAUUCACUUCAAUUCAUCCCUCUGUAACAAAAAACUCAUCGGAGCUAAAUUCUUCAACAGAGGAUUAUUAGCACAGGAUCCCAAUGCAACCUUAGGUUUAAACUCCACACGUGACACAGUAGGUCACGGAACCCACACUUCGUCAACAGCAGCCGGAAGCAGAGUUGAUAAUGCAUCUUUCUUUGGUUAUGCAGCUGGAACAGCUUCAGGAGUUGCUCCGAAUUCGCAUGUCGCAAUGUAUAAGGUUGUAUGGAAAGAUGAAUUAGUUUCAUCUGAUGUAAUAGCUGCAAUUGAUGCUGCAAUAUCAGACGAUGUUGAUAUUCUUUCAUUAUCAUUUGGGUCUACAGAAUUUGUACCUUUGUAUGAAGAUCCACUAGCCAUAGCAACAUUUGCAGCUAUGAAAAAAGGUGUUUUUGUCUCGUGUGCAGCUGGAAAUGGCGGUCCUGACCUUGAAACUCUUCACAAUGGAAUGCCUUGGGUGAUAACUUCUGCCGCUGGUACUAUGGAUAGAGAUUUUCAAGGGAUUCUUACACUUGGAAAUGGUAACAAAGUCAUGGGAUUUUCUGUUUAUGUAGGAACAUUUUCUUCACAUAAUGUUCCGAUUGUUUUCAUGGGUUUAUGUGACAAUGUUAACGAACUGAAAAAAGUGAAGAGAAUGAUUGUGGUUUGUGAAGACAAGAAUGGAACUAGCCUUUCUUAUCAACCUGGUAAUUUGGGUGAAGUAAACGUUUAUGGAGCUGUUUUGAUUUCAAAUACCGCCGACACAUACUAUUCAUCGGAUGAUUACACUAUCGGUUUCCAGAAUAGUUUGGCAGCCAUCUUUGUUGAUCCAAUACAUGGGGAAAUCAUCAAAGCCUACAUCAAGAGUUAUUACAACUCUAAUCACUCUUCGAUAGCAAGCAUGUCUUUUAGGAAAACAGGUUUUGGUCUGAAAACAGCACCUAGUGUUGAUUCUUACAGCUCAAGAGGGCCAUCGUAUAGCUGUCCAUUUGUGUUGAAACCAGAUAUUACUGCACCCGGUACUUCGAUCUUAGCGGCAUGGCCUUCAAAUGUCACGGUGGCACAAAAAUAUUUUAGAGAUUUCAAUUUGGAUAGUGGAACAUCUAUGGCAUGUCCUCAUGUUGCUGGUGUCGCAGCGCUUGUGAAAGGCACACACCGUAAUUGGAGCCCUGCGGCUAUUCGGUCAGCAAUAAUGACAACAUCGGACAUAUUGGAUAAUAAUCAGGAACACAUCAAAGACAUUGGAACUGGAAGCAGGGCAACCCCUUUUGCAUUGGGAGCUGGGCAUGUUAAUCCAAAGAGAGCACUUAACCCAGGACUUGUUUAUGAUGUUGGUGUACAAGAUUAUGUGAAUCUUCUUUGUGCACUAAACAUCACACAGAAAAACAUCACAGCCAUUACAAGAUCCUCUUCCAAUGAUUGCUCUAAACCUUCAUUGGAUCUUAACUACCCUUCUUUUAUUGCAUUUUUCAAUGGUGAAAAUUCUUCGUCAAAGACAAUACAAGAAUUUUAUAGAACAGUUACCAAUGUUGGCGAGGGACAAGCAACUUAUGUUGCUAGCAUUACUCCAAUUGAAGGGUUUCGCGCCACUGUGAUCCCAAACAACUUGGUGUUCAAUGAGAAGAAUGAGAAGCUAAGCUACAAGUUGAGGAUUGAAGUUGCAGCAACUACAAAAUUAAAGGAAUUGGAUUUUGGAUAUCUAACUUGGAUGGAUACGAAGCAGCAUGUUGUUAGGAGUCCAAUUGUGGUCACAACCCUCAAAUUGAAAUCCUAGAUUUAUAUAUUGUGAUGAUGUAGGAGAUGUUAUUAUCAUAUGACUCAAGUGAUUUAAAAUGUAAUUUAACUAAGGAAGUAUUUGAUAAAUGAUAUUCAUUCUUCACUGACUAAAAUUGUUUAGUAGGAGAUGUUAUUAUGUUGUUUAUAUGUAAUUUCAUUUCUCAACUAUCUUUCUUGUUUUAUGUUUUGAUGGUGCUGAGAUAUGUAGCUAUAUAUCUUUUCUUUUAUGGUGUGAUCCAAACUCAGUAGCUACAUAUAUAGGCACUGAAUGUGUUUAUCAGUCUGCUGGGUCGAUCCUUUUUCACAGCAUUGUGAAGUAAUAUGGGGAAAUAAAUAAGUGUU